GCGAGCACGCACAGUGGUAUGAGGAGGGAGUGCUGGAUCACUGGGAAAUGGCCUUGGCCUUGGAGACCUGUGUCUCCAGUGUUGGUGGUGGUCCAGAGAAAUCGCAUCUGAACCAGGGCAGGAAGUGGAGAGAUUUGAGAGUUUGAGGAAAUAGAAUCAAAGGACCAGUUAACAAAGGGGAGAAGGGUUUCAAGUUUCUUACGUUUUUCCAUUGCUGAGCAUGAUGGGCCUUUGUCACAGUGAACAUCAUUCUUAGAAAACUCCUAGCAUAUGCUAGUUUCUGUGUCCUCUUUAAAGACUCCCACUGCCCACCAAGUUGAUGUUUAUUGGGUGCCUACAAUAAGCCAGAUAGUGUUAAAUCCUUGAUUCAUAUUAUCUAAUUGAUUAUUAAUGUUGCUUAAGAAAGAAAAGACAAGGAGGGACCCCUGGGUGGCUCUUGAUUUUGGCUCAGGUCAUGAUCUCACGGUUCAAGUUUGAGUUCCACGUUGGGUUCGGUGCUGAGCAUGGGGCCUGCUUAAGAUUCUGUUUCUCUCUCCCUCUGUCCCUGUCCCCUGCUUUGCUCUCUCUCUCUCUGUCUCUCAAAAAAAAAAAAAAAAAAAAAAAAAGACGAGUUAAUUGUCCUGACCACUGACCACGGCACUAGUAGUUCUUGAACAUCAGUGCAUGUUCAUUCUUGCAUUCAACACCUAUUUUUAGCAGCUGACCACAUGCUAAGCACUGCCAGUUGCUGGGAAUAUAAGUGGUGAACAAAACAAAAUUCUCUACCUUUAUGGAGCAUAUAAUGAAGCAUCAGGCUCAGAUGACGUGCACGUAAAGCACAGAUGGAUGCCCAGCUGUGUCUCCAGGAAGUCAGAUACAGAGCUGAAGCUGCCCGCCUUCCGAGCCCACUCCCCACUGUUGAAGAGCCGCCGGUUCUUUGUGGACAUCCUGACCCUGCUGAGCAGCCACUGUCAGCUGUGCCCCUCGGCCCGGCACCUGGCUGUCUACCUGCUGGACCACUUCCUGGACCGCUACAACAUCACCACCUCCAAGCAGCUGUAUGCCGUGGCGGUCUCCUGCCUCCUGCUCGCAAGUAAGUUCGAGGACAGGGAAGACCACGUGCCCAAGCUGGAGCAGAUAAACAGUACAAGGGUCCUGAACGGCCAGAACUUCACCCUCACCAAGAAGGAGCUGCUCAGCACAGAGCUGCUGCUCCUGGAAGCCUUCAGCUGGAACCUCUGCCUGCCCACGCCCGCCCACUUUCUGGACUACUACCUCUCAGCCUCCGUCAGCCAGAAGGAUCGGCACUGCCACAGCUGGCCCGCCACCUGCCCCCGCAAGACCAAAGAGUGCCUCAAGGAGUAUGCCCACUACUUCCUAGAGGUUACCCUGCAAGAUCAUAUUUUCUACAAAUUCCAGCCUUCUGUGGUGGCCGCAGCCUGCGUUGGGGCCUCCAGGAUUUGCCUUCAGCUUUCCCCCUACUGGACCAGAGACCUACAGAGGAUCUCAAAUUACUCUCUGGAACAUCUCAGCACAUGCAUUGAAAUCCUGCUGGUAGCUUAUGACAAUGUCUUCAAGGAUGCUGUUGCGGUCAAGAGCCAGGCCUUGGCAAUGGUGCCUGGCACGCCCCCUGCCACCACCCAGGUGUUGUUCCAGCCACCCACCUACCCCACGCUGAGCCAGCCGACGACACCAGCCCUGGCGCCAUUUCAGACCCCUGUGCAGGACCUAUGCUUGGCCUAUCGGGACUCGCUGCAGGCUCAUCGCUCUGGGAGCCUGCUCUCAGGAGGCUCUGGCUCCUCCCUCCAUGCCCUGUACCCCACCCUCCAGCCCCUGGACGUGUGUCCCGUGUCCCUCCCCACGCCCCUCAGCAUGCAGAUGGCCAUCGCGGCUGAGCCCAGGCACUGCCUCACCACCACCUAUGGAAGCAGCUACUUCAGCGGAAGCCACGCGUUCCCCACGGGCUGUUUCGACAGAUAGGGCACCUUUGGGCCACACAGGGAGCCCUUGGAGACCCACCUGGGCAGAGGACGAGGACACAGGUGAGGGGAGCUCAGCGGAGUGAGGCAGUGGGGAGGCCAUCCCCACAGAGCCUCAUUGUUACCCUUGAACGGAGAGGGUUCAUGUUCUUUUUAAAUAAAGCUGACCCCCAGCAAAACAGUCCAUGACAACCUCCCCCGAGAGCAUUCCUCUGGAAAGCGUCUUCCACAUAUGUAGCUGGGGUGCAGGGGGGUGGCUCGGCCACCACCCUCUGGAGGAGGGACCCCCUGAAUUGAGAAAGACUUGGUGAGAGGCCAGGAGACUGGAAACUGGAUGCAGACUGCCAGUCCACGAGCAUGUUUGGUUUUUAGCAUCAAAGACUUCUUUACUUCUGGCCAGUGGCAGCUACACUGAAAAAGAAGGGGACUGCAUGAUGUAUCCUCAGGACCCCAGCAGGUGCCGCAUUGGCUGCUCUUUCCCUGCCUCCAUACAGAAGAGCUGUGUGUGUGUGUGUAUGCCUAAGCGUCGGUCGGCCUUCUGAGGCACGGCGGGCGGCUGUCUUGCCUUUGUUGUCGGACCUAAAACCUUAUUAGGCCUUUUAGAUAUCUCACAUGCUGCUGCUUCCUGAAGUGACCUAGCUUUCUGUUCAGUAAGAUAAUCUUGUUUACAUAGUGUAUCAGGGAUUUUACGAUACUUGAAAAUUCCUUAGGAGAGAAAAAAUGUUGAUCGCCACACUGCCUGUCCCAUGCAAGGGCUGUAGGUUCGGACCCAGCUUGUAACAACAAGCAGGUGGUUGGGGAGAGCAACUCCCCAGGCUCUCAGUUCAAGAAGAUUCCACAUCUUGGAUGCUGUGUUCACCUGUAGAACUUUGACAGCCACCCAGAGGAGAAGUGGUUGAAAGGUAGACAGAGGUUUACAACCAACAACCCUAACCCCGCUCCACCAGGUGCUUACGGUGUGUGAGUUUGGCUAAUAGGGAAGGCUAAUAAUGUGGAAUGUUUGCUUCGUGCCAGCUGGAGUCGGGGAGCGGGGCAUGGACAGGGGUGUAUGUCACAAAUACAGGCAAGCAAUUGGUUGGAUCGAAAGCCAGUGUUUGGGCACCUACAGCAAGAGGGCCCUCAGGAAGACUCUCAUAACCAUGUGCAAUAUGUUUUUAUUCUGACUCAUGGCUUGUGCUAGUUGUGUUUUUUUGGUUUGUUCCGAGUCGGGGCGACACACUGUUCACCCAUCAGAACUGGGAGGUGUAAAGAACAACGGAGACAUUUUUUUUGUUUGUUUUAAGAAGAACCCAUCUUGGUUUUCUUGGCUUAUUUGCCCGUCAGUGCAGGAGACUGGCUCGGGGACUAUCAGGAAGGCGGCCAUGUGCUGCUGAAUUGGAUCCGAAGGUGAUUUUCAGAACAGAUGAAGGCUUCGGUGUGGAAGCAGAAUAAGAAGAGGUAACGCGAAUAAGGCACCGGUGCCGCUGUGUCACAUGAGUGUAGGAAGACUACACGUUUGUUUGUUGCUUUUCUCUUUUUCCUUUGCCAACCUCCUUCUAUUUAUGUGAGACUGGUUUGGAUUCCAAGUUGUUGUGUCUGUCUGGCCUGGGACUGGGGCUUGUGAAGGGCCCCCCAGUAGAGCCUCACAGCCAGCCCAGCACGCAGAAGAAGGCGUCUUGCAAUAAACAGAUCACCUGCU